AUGACAUUAAAAGUGCUUAUUUUAACCGGUGGGGAAACGACGGGGACACGAUUCAGACCACUUUCCAUGGAAUGUCCUAAAUUGUUAUUUCCAUUAUGUGGCAAGCCUUUAAUAUCACAUAUUAUUGAUAAUUUAACUGAUCAAUUUGCUACUCGUGAUUUAGAGAUUUUGUUGAUGGGGUUUUUCAAGGAUCAACACAAGACUAUGUUCCUUGAAUACAUUCAAAGUGUCAACAAGUCCAACCCUGAUUUGAAAAUCAAAUAUUUGUCAGAACCAUUCCCAUUGGGAACUGCCGGUGGAUUAUACCAUUUCAAGGAUGAAAUUUUCACUGAUUCAAAUUGCAAGUUAUUAAUGAUCCAUGGUGAUGUUAUUUGCAACUAUCCUUUUAAAGAAAUGUUGGAAUUUUUUGAACAAACAAAAUCAAAUAUCACUUUAUAUGGAGUUGAUCCAGUUUCAUUACUUAAAAGAUCAGAAGCACAAAUUUUGGUUGCCAAUGGUACUGAAAAUGGUGACGAAUCUCAUGAUGAUGAUAUUGUUACCAAAUUUGGUGCUAUAGUCGCCGAAAGAAAAAACUACAAAGUGGUUCAUUAUGUUGAAAAGCCAAGUAGUUCGAUUUCAGAAUUUAGACAAGAUAGCACCUAUGAAAUAUUAUUGAAUGGUGGGAUUUACAUAUUUGAUAGAUCAAUUUUGGAUUUGUUGACCGUGGCUGAAAUCAAGAAAAAGAAUUCAAUCCAAUUUGAUGAUGAAUUAGAUGACGACAACACCAGCAACAAAAAUGAUAAUGUCCUCUCCUUAGAAUUAGAUGUCUUUAAAACUUUGCCUCAACUCGACAAUACAAAUUUCAAUGUUUACAAAUCAACAGGAUUUUGGUAUCAAUUGAAACUGCCACUCUCGGCAUUAUUGGCUAAUAAUUUCUUUUUGGCACAAAGCGAGGGUACAAAAUUAGCUUCUGGUCCUGAACUUGUUCAACCAGUACAAAUUUUAACUGAAAAUAUAACUCAAGCCAAGUCAUGCAAAAUUGGCCCCAACGUCUCCAUUGGUAAAAAUGUCACAAUUGGCAAUGGGGUCAGAAUGGUAAAUUGUAUUGUUUGUGAUGAUGUUACAAUUGGCGAUAACACAAUAAUUAAAAAUGCAAUUAUUGCCAACGGAACUAAAAUUGGCAAGUGGUGCAGAAUAGAAGGUACCGUCACAGCAAGCAUCUUAGCAAGCAAUGUCAUCAGCUCUGCAUCUGCUGCUUAUAUGAAACUGUUGAAUGAUAUCGUUAUCUUGUGUCAAAACACAGUUGUUCAGAAUCAAGUUUUCGUUUACAACUCAGUCGUUUUACCACACAAGGAAUUGAAAAAAGAUGUCAAGUACGAAAUUAUCAUGUGA